ACCGCCACCAGAAAGCAAAAGCCAUCGCUGUAGCUCACCAGUUGCCACCCGCCUCAGCUCCCACAUUCUCUUUCUCUCUCUACACAACUACUUCACCAGCACCCAUUCUCUCUCUCUCUCUCCCGAAUUCUCUCUCAACUGGAGGCGGAGGUCAUAAUGGAAGAAGAGCGAGCACUCAGAAGCAGCGCCAAUGGCGGUUCUUCUGUUCUUCGCUACCCCACUGUCAGCACCACUUUUACAAUCCCUUUAACUCGCUACACUACCCGUUUGAUUACCUCCGACCGCCACCGCGUCCUUUUGGCUGAUUGCGCCGACCCUCGACCGGACGCUGAAGAAGAUGAUGAUGACGAAGACGGCUCCAACGGAUUCAAUCACCGCUCCUUCUCCUACUCUAUGCCCAUUUUGGUUCUCGACGUUCUCUGGAAUUUGGCCUUUGUUCUUGUCUCCAUUGUUGUCCUCUUGUCCACGUUUCGUGAGCGCCCUUCCACCCCUUUGCGCCUUUGGAUUUCUGGGUAUGCCUUCCAAUGUCUUCUGCACAUUGGGUUUGUCUUCUUUGAGUACCAGAGGAGUAUCCUGCAUCAUGGCUUUGAGGACCCUGCGGCUCAUCGCAGCAUAAUGAAAAGGUUGGAGUCAAUGAAUACAAUGACAUCGUCGGUCUGGUGGGUCUUCGGAUUCUAUUGGAUUGUCAUGGGUGGCCACGCACUUCUCCAAGAUUCUCCCCGGCUUUAUUGGUUAACCGUGGUCUUUCUAGCAUUUGACUUGUUCUUUAUUCUCUUUUGUGUUGGGAUGGCAUUUGUUGUUUGCUUCUCUCUUUGUUGCUGCAUUCCAAUUGUAGCAUUUGCAUAUGCCAUGACUACCAGAGAAGGCGCCUCAGAUGAGGAUAUCAGGACUCUUCCCAAGUAUACAUUUCGUCAAGCUCCGGUAUUUGGGACAUUUAACAAAGAACAAAAACCUGUCGGAGCAAGAUUGGAGUUGGAUAAUGAUCACCACAUCAAAGAACUUGUUCUUCAUCCAGAGGAUUCUGAAUGUUGCAUUUGCCUUUCACAAUAUGAAGACGGGACGGAGCUCUAUACUCUUCCCUGCAACCACCAUUUCCAUUGUGGGUGCAUUGGCAAAUGGCUUCGGAUAAAGGCAACCUGCCCGCUCUGCAAGUCUAAUAUCCAUUGGGGCGAUACAUUGGUUUAACUAUCGGAACGAGCAACAAAUCCAGCUGAGAAUUUGAAAGUUAGGAUUUUCAAUUUCAGGUCAGAUGCUUGUUGAUCUCUGUCAACUAAUGCUUUUAGAAACAGGGAGGGUGGAGAGUAGGAAUUUAGCUGAUUCCAACCUUAGGGAGAUGUUUAGUUUCCUUAAACCCCAUCUGUGGACACAAUUUAAUCUGAAAAUUUAACUUUAUUUGUAUGUAAAUUGAUAGGAAAAGGUCCUUGUGCCUCUAAUUUAAUCUGCUAUAUGUGAAUUCUUCUGUG